AUGAAAGUGGCGGUCGUCGACCGCACAUCAGAAUUAGGGGAGGUGGGCGCAGGGCUUCAAAUCGCCGCCAACGGUACGCAUGUCCUUGAGAGAUUGGGGCUUGGCGCCGAGCUGGAAAGUAUCGGGUUUCGGCCGGAAGCGGCAACUCUGCGCUUGGGCCAAUCGGGCCGCACCAUCUUUUCAAAUCCUCUGGGGGAGGCGGCGCGCGCGCGCUAUGGCGCCUGGUACUAUCAUGUUCACCGCGCAGACCUGCAUCGGAUAUUGGCAGAAGCCGCCAGCGCCAAUUCCAACAUCGAUCUGCAAUUGGGCAAGGCCCUCACGGAAUUCGUGGAGAAUGCGGGAUCAGUAUCGGCCGGUCUGUCAGACGGAACCUCAAUAAGCGGCGCAGCACUUGUUGGUGCCGAUGGCAUCCACUCAAGCGUGCGUGAAGGCCUGUUUGGCAAAGACGCUCCGCGUUUUACCGGAAAUGUCGCUUGGCGCUUGCUUGUGCCGACUGCAAGUCUCCCCGCUGGCCUCAUUCCACCGCAUGCCACUGUGUGGACGGGGCCGAAGGGACACGCAGUCACCUAUUAUGUGCGCGGUGGUGAGCUUGUGAACUUUGUCGGUGUCGUCGAGCGCAAAGACUGGCAGGUGGAAGGCUGGCUUGAGAGCGGGGACAUCAGCGAAUUGAAACGGGACUUUGCACUUUGGUGCUCAACCGUUCAUCAAUUGAUUGAUGCUGCCGAUGAAGCCACCUGUUUCAAAUGGGCCCUGUUUGACCGUGACCCGCUUCCGUCCUGGUCCAAAGGGCGGGUCACCCUUUUGGGGGACGCAUGCCAUCCGAUGCUGCCUUUCAUGGCGCAAGGUGCGUGCAUGGCAAUUGAAGAUGCCUGGGUGCUCGCCACCGAGUUGGGUAAGGCAGAUGACCCCGCCCAAGCCUUCCCCGCUUAUGAGGCACAGCGCAAAAAGAGAACCGCCCGAGUUCAGAUGGCGGCACGUGCCAAUGCGAAAAGGUUCCACAAGGGAGCUCCAGCGGGCCAGAUUGCAACCUACGGUCCUAUGUGGCUUGCGGCACGGGUUAAGCCGGACCUCCUCAACAAGCCCUUUGAUUGGAUCUACGGGGCGAACGUCGCCGACGCCUAG